AUGGCAGACAGCUUAGAGGAUCAAUGGCAACGAAAGAAACAGACAAAAGAACAGGCUAGAAAUGCCAAACGAGCCAAAUUAGACCCGGAUGCGGCUAAAACAGCAAAGGAUGUUAUGGAUGAGAAUGCACGCAAGCGAAAACGUGAAGACGGAGAGCCUGAAUCAGAAGAUGCCGAAAUCGGCUCUGAAAGGCCUCUCGAAGGUCUCAAGCGUGCGGAUCAUAAACCCAAGAAGCAAAAGCAGGCAAACCAGCUCGACGAUGGCCAGCCCGUCGAAGCAACGAGUAGCAACAAUACCACAACUGGGGAUGAAGAGGAUGAACGCUUGAAACAAAGGCAAGAGAGGAAAACAGCUAAGAUAGAGAAACAAAAAAAGAAGGCAUCAGAAAAGGCAGAAAAAAGGAAGAGCAAGCAGAAAACGAGGGAGCAAAAGAUAACAGAACCAAAUACCAGGUCAACAAAUCAAGACCCGACCACACCUGCUGUGGACGAAGCUAGUGACAGCGACGACGUCGCAGAGGAGAUGGUGCCUAUUGAAGGGUUUCCGCGUGAGAAAGAUGUCGAAGCCGAGUCAACGGCCCCCACGUCACCUGCAGCCGACUCGAGUGUCUUGGAUACAUCCAAACCUCCUUCUGGAACUUCAUCCAUAUCUUCUAUAGCGCCGCCUACAGGAAAUGAGAAGGGAGAUUCGAUAAACGAAGCAGAUUCGAAACCAAAACCUUUAAAAUCUACACCGGAAGAAUUAAAGAAACGUUUCCAAAAGCGUCUGGACGAACUUCGCGCGGCCCGCCACGCCGAUGGCUUUAACGGGAAGCCUGCAAAAAACAGGCAAGAGCUAAUAGAGGCUAGGAGACAACGUGAGGAACAGCGUCGUGCCCACAAGAAGGAGCUACGCCAGAAGGCCAAAGAGGAGGAGCACAGACUUCGUGACGAGGCUAUUGUUAAACGGUUUUCCCCGAAGGGCUCACUUUUGGCAUCGCCUGGCUCGCCUGCCGAAUCUAUAGCAUCAAUACCAAAUAAUUUCUCGUUUGGUCGAGUUGUCUUUGCAGAUGGCCAGGCUACAGAUCCAAACCUGACAACGAUUCGCGAGCAGAAGAAGCAAAAGGGGCCGCAAGAUCCUACAACGGCGCUCAAGGCGGCCGAAGCGAAGAAAGCAAAACUCGCUAGCCUCGAUGAGGAGAAACGGGCAAACAUUGAAGAGAAAGAUAUGUGGCUCACUGCGAAGAAGAGAGCUCAUGGCGAAAAAGUAAAGGAUGACGUAUCGUUACUCAAAAAGGCAUUGAACAGGAAAGAAGGCAUCAAGAAGAAGAGCGAGAAGCAGUGGCAGGAGAGGAUAGAAGGUGUGGCCAAGAGCAAAGAGGCGAGGCUGAUGAAGAGAGAAGAAAAUAUCCGAAAGAGGAGAGAAGAGAAAGGGAAGAAGGGGAAGAAAGGCAAGUCUAAGCCUAGGCCUGGUUUCGAAGGGAGUUUUAAGACAAAAGUGGGCGGCAAGAAGAAAUGA